AUGGAUCACUUGUACGAGCGUGAUAUGCACGAGCACUGGAAGAACAGCCUCAUGGGCGUGCAAUUCUGGGAACAUGCGACAAGACAGGCUGAGAGACUUGCUGAAAUUGAGAGACAAGCCCUAACCACCAGACCGACUGGUCAAUUGCCUCAGAGCCCUGCUCAGUCGCCUUCAAAGAACCGUGUUCAGACUACAGUCGCGAGCUCUCCUGAGAAGAGUCCAACCAAGAGUGAAACAAGCCAGAGUCCAAUUAAAAGUCGCUUCCAACUCUCUCAGCUUGCUUCUUUCAAUAGUCUCCGACUCCGAAGUAUCAUUCAUCCCUCCCCGGCAGAGACUGAUACCACAACAUCACCCACGAAGAGUCAGAAGAGUUCAAAGCAAGGUAGCUUGCAUCUUCCAAAACUGCCUUCCUUUAAGAAUCUCAGUCUCAAGCGCCGGGGCCCAAUCCUUGCGUCGACUUCUGGAAUUAUUCAAGCUGAGAAGACUGCCCGUCCAUCUAUCCUGUCUCCUUCCACUUUCCUCCCUCCUGAGCGUCCUGAAUCUCCUAUUCCUCCCAUCCCCAAAGCUCCCCGUCCUGCUUUUCGUUCCCUCUACAGAGGACCUUCUGCUACCAAUCUGGAUAUUGCACCCCCCAGCGCUCAUGAGGGCUCUCAACCUUUUACGACAGUGGCUCCUAGCUAUAUUAGCAAUGCCAGCUUUCAAGAGUGGCUCGAUCGAGAGAGCGAUACUCAUCCCGAAACUGAAACCUCUCCUCACUCAUCUCGCAUCAGCUUGAUGGCCUACCUCAAUAAGGGCAGCUCUUGGGAUAACAUCCCUCGCACCAAUUCAGUUCUAGAACUGAACAUGUUUUUCGAUGCUCUCAAGGUCCAUCCCAAGAACCUUGUUGAUCUCGACAAUGAUCAGACUGCUGACAAAGUUACCAUGGUCAACGAAGUUGUUAUGAGCGACCCCGGUCACACAUCUCCCAUCAUCAACAACACCACUAACAUGGUCGACAAGGCGACCAUGACCGAUUUCGACAUUGAGGAGUCCGCUACCGACCUCACAUCUUCCGCCGAGAAGCCAGAAGAUGAAAUCGCCAUCACAAUUCUCUCACUGGAGCAGAUGCAACCUUUGGGCGAGUUCCGCAACCUGCGGGUACUGAAGCUAACUGGUAUGAUGAAGUCAUACCAGCCCAUCAUCUGGCAGACUGUGUGGGUGAACCCCCAACUGACCACCCUGGAACUGGAGAUGGCAGUUGGCUUGGAGAUUAACAGACCACUUGGCUCAAGUGGAUGGAAGGAAAUCAAGAAGGGAUGGGUAAUGAGCGUCAAGUCCUGUGCCCCGCCCGUGUACUAUGGUUACAGAGGCGACGGAGAGAUCUGGCACCGAAUCGGGCUCCGGUUUCCCCGUCCCCCCUACCUCCCGGUCAAGCGUCUCACCUUGACCGGCUUCGCUGUGGACGGAGACCCCUUCGGAAUGUGGCUCCGGAACCUCGAAGAGGUUCACUUCAAGAAGGACUGCAUCGACUGCGGUUUCUGGCUGUCUCGCGCCCAGCGAGACGUUCGAGUUCGUCACUCGAACGAGUACGGAGUGGCCCGGGGUGCAGACGGGCCCUCCGAGGCCGGCUCCGUCGUGGAGCUUGGAGAGGAGGAGCUGGCCGAGCUCACCACCGCGGUGAGAGGCCUGGGGGCCUCGAGGAUGUGA